AUGUCUUCCAUGCACCUUUCCCAGUUGCACAAAUGGAUGCUAUCCUCCCCUCCGAUCGAAUGGGCCGUAAAUCAACUGCGAGAACUCCUGAUCGGAGCAUUACGACAAGGUCCUGUGCCUCAACAUAUAGCUUUUGUUAUGGAUGGGAACAGACGGUUUGCAAGGAGCCACAAGAUCGAAACAGUAGAGGGGCACAACUUGGGGUUCGAAGCUUUAGCCAGGGUAUUACAAAAUGACCCGAUAUUCUGGAUCAUUUUGGAGGUUUGCUAUAAAUCAGGAGUCAAGAUUGUAACAGUCUACGCUUUCAGCAUUGAGAACUUCAAGCGCUCGAAAUACGAGGUGGAUGCUUUGAUGGCAAUGGCGAAGAUCAAGUUACAGCAAUUGUCACAGCAUGGGGAGUUGUUGCAGAAAUACGGUGCGAGCAUCCGGGUGUUGGGCCAGCGGGACUUGGUCAAGCCAGAUGUCUUGGAGGCUGUUGACAGAGCUGUGGAAUUGACCAAGAAUAACGGAGACUGUAUUCUGAACAUUUGCUUCCCCUAUACCUCUCGAGAGGAGAUUACAUCUGCCAUUAAGAGCACAGUGGAGGAUUACUCCAGGCCUUUAUCAGCUCAAGCUCGACCCUUCUCUCAGACUCGAAUCACACAAAAGAUCCGGUCAAGGAAUCUCAGCACUUCGCCCUUACGUUCGACAUCCCCUACACCAAGCACAUCCGACGUCGACGAUUCCAUAUCAUCUUCAACAACGUUACACACAGACUCACCUAAUGAUGGACAAGAAGGUCCCUUAUAUCCAGAUCCAGAAACCAUCACUUCAAGCACCAUUGAGGAACAUCUAUUAACUGCGGGUAACCCUCCAUUAGAUCUCCUGAUUCGCACAAGCGGAGUGAAGCGGCUGAGCGAUUUUAUGCUCUGGCAGUGUCAUGAAGACACCGAAAUUGUAUUUCUAGACACUCUAUGGCCGGAUUUCGAUUUGUGGUCAUUCUUACCGGUGUUAGUUGAGUGGCAGUGGAAACAGAAGCAUAUUGAAGAAAAAGGAUCUGCCAAUGGAAUCAAGAAACCGAAGAUCAAGGUCAGAUAG